AUGCUGUUCGGUAUGAGGAAAACUGUAGUGCUAUUUGCUUGUCAAUCGGCAAAGACAAUAGCAUUGCGCGACCGGUACUGCGAAGUGCAAACAAUUGAUGUGUUCAGCAAUCAUCAGGAAGUAUUCAUAGAGUGGUGGGGAAGACAUUUAUUUAUAGCUGUGGUGUUAAAUGUCAAAGUUGAUCUGUUGUUGCUUAUGCUUACUGUGAUGGCCAGUCAGCUGUCACAUCAGUUGAAACGUAUGAAAUUUUGUCAUUUGCUACGAUGUAUUGCUGCAGUAAUGAGAUCAAAACCACCUAGUCUGUAA